CGGGGCGAGAGGGCGGGGCCUCUUGCCUUCGGGGAGAGACGCACGGAGUAGCGAGUGAGGAGGCCGGUCGGACCGCCCGCUCGGGGGCAGCGCGUGUGCCGGCGCUGCACAAAAAUGCACUCGGAUGCCGCCGCUGUCAAUUUUCAGCUGAACUCUCAUCUAUCAACACUGGCAAAUAUUCAUAAGAUUUACCACACUCUUAAUAGGCUGAAUUUGACAGAAGACGUUGGUCAAGACGAUCACCAAACAGGAAGUCUCAGGUCGUGCAGUUCAUCAGACUGCUUUAGCAAAGUGAUGCCUCCAAGAAAAAAGAGGCGACCUGCAGCUGGAGAUGACCUAUCAGCUAAAAAAAGUAGACAUGAUGGAAUGUACAGAAAAUAUGAUUCUACUAGAAUAAAGACGGAAGAUGACAUGUUCUCGAGCAAGAGGUGCUUAGAAUGGUUCUAUGAAUAUGCAGGAACAGAUGAUAUUGUGGGUCCUGAAGGAAUGGAGAAAUUCUGUGAGGACAUUGGGGUUGAACCAGAAAAUGUAGUUAUGCUUGUUUUAGCCUGGAAGCUGGAUGCUCAGAACAUGGGUUACUUUACGUUGCAAGAAUGGUUAAAAGGAAUGACAUCCCUGCAAUGUGAUACAACAGAGAAGCUAAGAAAUUCUUUGGAUUAUUUGAGAUCUUUAUUAAAUGAGCCUACAAAUUUUAAACUUAUUUACAGAUAUGCAUUUGACUUUGCACGUGAAAAGGACCAGCGAAGUCUAGAUAUAAACACUGCCAAGUGUAUGUUAGGACUUCUCUUAGGAAAAACAUGGCCUCUCUUUCCAGUAUUUCAUCAGUUCCUAGAGCAAUCUAAAUACAAGGUCAUCAACAAGGACCAAUGGUGCAAUGUUCUGGAGUUCAGCCGAACCAUUAAUCUUGACCUCAGCAAUUAUGAUGAAGAUGGAGCAUGGCCAGUGUUGCUGGAUGUUGUGGAGUGGUAUAAAGAGAAACAAAUGACAUAGGAAUUUUAACUAUGCACAGCCGCUCAAGAGUCUCUGUUACUACAGUUAUGUCGACCAUUAGCCAUAAACUGCUAUUUGUAUAAAAGCGCAUGCUGCUUUUCCUGCACUGCAUCCCAUUUUUGGGGACCUUUUGGUGUUUUGCUGUUUAAGAGGCCAGCUCUGCUUGCUGUGUAGCAUUGUUCUCUUCGAAGGCUGCUUUGCAUUUUUGUAUCUACACUACAGAUGGUGAACUUAACCAGCAUCCUCACUGUGAUUUAUGUGUAUAUUGCUGUCUAAAUUUUGUAUAUGUGUAUAAAAAAGCUUCACCUAGGAGUUACUCCAGAAGUGUAUUGUAAAAAUAAUUUUGUGGCAUAUUUCUAGUUGCAUUAAAUAACCAUGUAACUUAAUUUUUAUUUUUAAUUUGGUCUCGGACGUAACAUUUCAGAAAAAACAUGAUUGUUGAGACUGUUACCACGUGAAACUAUUGCCAGUUAGCGACAAGAUGCCAAUUUUUGAGAGAAUAUCCUGCAGUAUGAUUUCUUCACAUGCAGAUGCCCAACUUCAGUUUUGUUUAGUAAGCAAGUAUUGGCUGUUUUUAUUGAAAACCUAUUAAAAGUGUAAUAGCUUGACUAGAGUUGUACGUGCCACAAGGAUUUCCACUUGGUGAUACUGCUGACGUCCUAAUAUUCAGACUCCUGUAGUUCGCAAAUAGGUAGAAAUUAAAUCCGAUUUUAAAAAAGGGUUUUAGACUUGUAAAAUGGCAUAUUUCUUUAUUUCAAUUUUGCUGUUCUAGUGUUUUGACUGUAUUGAUGAUGAAAGCAAAAUGAAGCCUCUUGUAAAAUUUAACAUAGAUUUGUGGGUGAGUUUCAAGGUCUGGAAUCUCUUGUUAAAUCUUAACCGAAAAGCCUUGCAAGCAUGGGAAUCUAAAGAAGGCAAUGGCAUCUUUUAUUCCAGGGAUUGGAUUUCCUAGCAGAAUGCCUGUUGCAGGCAAUGGGCUCACUAAUCACCAGCAUUGUCACUCAUUUGGGACCACUCUUAUCUGUCUGUACAUGAAAGUUCAAGCCAUUGCUUGCUUGAAAGAAUUAAUGUGCUAAGAAAUGUCUUUUCAUGUUAUCUCUGCCUCAGCCUUCAUUAUAAAGUUCAAUACUGAAUUUUUGACAAAGGUUACUUAGGGGAUAGCAAACUGUGGAAAUAACUUCCAAAAAUCCAGUGGCGAAUGGACAGUGCUAAAAAUGGAGUUUGCAAUAAAACAUUAGCAGGCUUUCUUUUUGUUGUUAAAGGAAGUUAAACCAUAAGUAAAAGUGUUGUUUGGAGCUCUCCGAGCUCAGCCUAAAUGUAAAAUCAAUGCAAAUCCCUUUAUUUUAUCAUUAAAUUGCUUAAAUUAUUGGUAAGCAGCAACCUUUUAGGACUGGGUACUUGUAAAUCAGCGUUGCACUGAAUUCAGCCUCUUUAGAUCCCACUCCAGUAUAAUUCUGCACUGAAGAGGGUGCUGAAUUUUAUCUGUUUCCAGUGAUAUCACAACAUGGAAUAUUCCCCCCCCCCAUGACCCUUAGCUUUUGGGAGUGCAGACUGUGUUAGGAGGUCUACCACCAGAUUAGUGAGGUUGAAAAGUCUCAGUGUGUGUAGCUCUCUGUAUCCCUGCUGUGAUGGUUGUUACUAGAAUUUAGACGUUUGAAAGCUAUUCUCAAAAUCAGCCAUUAUGGAUAUAAAUAAAAUACUGUGUUAGUAAAAUCUUA